GCCGGGCUCGGGCGCCUGGUGUUAGGAGACAAGAUGGCGGCGGCGCUGUGGAGGCCGGUCUCCUCCUCCCCGUCACCCUCCUCCGCCCCGCCGAUCGCCGCCUCCUCCUCCUCCUCCGUCUCCUCCUCCCGGCUCUCUGCCUCCUCCUCCUCCUCCUGCAACAGCACUAGCGGCCGCCGCGGCGCCGGCCCGCUCUCCCGGAGCUCCGGAGGAUAGACGGGGCAGCUGCGGGCUCCCGCGACCAGGCCGAGCUGGGGCCGGGGCGGGGACGGCGGCGGCGGCGGCGGCGGCGGCGCCGGGUGGGGAUGGGGUCGCAGACGCUGCAGAUCCUCCGGCAGGGGGUGUGGGCCACGCUCAGCGGGGGCUGGUAUUACGACCCGCACCAGGCCACCUUCGUGAACGCGCUGCACCUCUACCUGUGGCUCUUUCUGCUUGGCCUGCCCUUCACCCUCUACAUGGCCCUUCCUUCUUCCAUGAUUAUAGUAGCAGUUUAUUGUCCUGUGGUAGCUGCUGUUUUCAUUGUUCUGAAGAUGGUCAACUAUCGACUACACAGAGCACUUGAUGCUGGAGAAGUCGUAGAUAGGAGCACAAAUGAAUUUACAGAUCAGCGAGCCAAAGCUGAACAAGGCAACUGUUCAACCAGGAGAAAAGACAGCAAUGGACCAAGUGAUCCUGGUGGAGGAAUUGAAAUGUCUGAGUUCAUUCGAGAGAGUACACCUCCAGUUGGUUGCAGCUCAAGAAAUUCUUACGCUGGCCUAGAUCCAAGCAAUCAGAUUGGAUCUGGUUCCUCUCGUCUUGGAACAGCAGCAACUAUUAAAGGGGAUACAGAUACUGCUAAGACUUCUGAUGAUAUCAGUUUAAGUCUGGGCCAGAGCUCCAGUCUCUGUAAAGAAGGAAGCGAGGAGCAAGAUUUGGCAACUGAUCGGAAGCUUUUCCGUCUGGUCUCCAAUGACUCCUUCAUCUCCAUUCAGCCUUCUUUGUCCUCUUGUGGACAGGACCUACCAAGGGACUUGAGUGACAAAGCAAGCCUGCCAAGUCAUAGCCACCACCACCACAUCGAACAGUCUCUCUCCAGUGCCUGUGACACAGAAGUAGCUUCCCUCGUACCUUUACAUUCACACUCUUAUAGGAAAGAUCACCGGCCACGAGGUGUACCACGGACUUCUAGCUCUGCUGUGGCUUUUCCUGACACAUCACUGAAUGACUUCCCUCUUUAUCAGCAAAGACGUGGGUUAGAUCCAGUUAGUGAGUUAGAAUCUUCUAAGCCUCAUUCUGGAUCUAAAGAAUCCUUGGUGGUCAGUUCUUGUCUACCAGGGGAAUUUCAGCAUGCUGAUGACCUGAAAAACAGUAAUUCUCAGCCACCCACAAAAAGUGGGAAGAACAAAGCAUUAAAUGCUGACAAAAGCAUGGACAGCCUGCGGAGCCUCAGCACACGGAGUAGCGGGUCAACAGAGAGCUACUGCAGUGGGACAGACCGUGACACCAACAGUACCGUCAGCAGCUAUAAAAGUGAGCAGACCAGCUCCACUCACAUAGAGAGCAUCUUAUCAGAGCACGAGGAGUCUCCUAAAGUGGGAAAGAGAAGCCCUGGGAAUAAAGAGUCCUGUCCUGACGCAGAGGAGAUGAGUAGCUGUGCCAGUGAUAAAAGGACUAACAGUGAAAAAACCAUCCUAGAAGUGAGUUCAAAUAGUGGGGCUCCUGAGGCCCAGGAUUCUGAAGCCUCUGAUGAGAUACACAAUCAGAGGAGAAUUAGCACCUCUGCAUCUGAAGAAGCUAAUAAAAACCCCCACGCGAAUGAGUUCCCUGCGCCAAGGAACAGACUACCUGAGAAAACUGCUGAAAACAAAGAGGAGCAGAAUGAGAAGACCAGUGUUGUGGUGGAUUCAAAAGUUUGUAAAGACACUGGCGGAAAGCAGAAGGAAGGGGAUGUUCGACCCAAAUCCUCUAGCUUAAUCCACAGGACAGCCUCUGCCCAUAAGUCAGGCCGGAGACGGCCAGGAAAGAAACGGGCCAGCAGUUUUGAUUCGAGCCGGCACAGGGACUAUGUUUCUUUUCGAACUGUUUCCAGAACCAAACCACAUAGUGCUAUAUUUUGUCACGACGAGGACUCUAGUGAUCAAAGUGACUUGAGUAGAGCAUCAAGUGUUCAGUCUGCUCACCAGUUCAGCAGUGAUAGCUCUUCCAGUACCACGUCUCAUUCAUGCCAGUCUCCUGAGGGCAGAUACAGUGCUCUGAAGACCAAACACGUUCAUAAGGAAAGGGGGACAGACUUGGAACACACACAUAAAGCUCACCUGGGUCCUGAAGGAGCCAGCAAAAAGCGGGCCGCACGACGGCCUUCCAGUACAAAUAGUGCUAAGACUCGUGCCCGAGUGCUGAGCUUGGACAGUGGCACAGUAGCAUGCUUGAAUGAUUCAAAUAGGCUCAUGGCACCUGAAAAUAUAAAGCCGUUAACCACCUCCAAAUCAGAUCUUGAGGCCAAAGAGGGAGAGGUGCUAGAUGAACUGUCUUUAUUGGGUCGGGCUUCACAGUUAGAGACAGUCACUCGAUCUAGGAAUAGUUUGCCAAGCCAGGUUGCAUUUCCAGAAGGGGAGGAGCAAGAUACCAUCAGUAGAGCAGCACAAGCCAGCGAGGAGACAGUGUCAUUCCGCCGCGAACGCAGUACAUUUAGGCGCCAGGCAGUGCGGCGCCGGCACAAUGCAGGGAGUAACCCUACCCCUCCUACCUUGCUCAUCGGAUCACCCCUAAGCCUUCAAGAUGGUCAGCAAGGCCAGCAGUCCACAGCCCAGGUCAAAGUCCAGUCCCGUCCCCCUUCUCAGGCUGCAGUGCUCAGUGCUAGUGCCUCCUUGCUGGUGAGAAAUGGGAGUGUCCACUUAGAAGCAUCACAUGACAAUGCCUCUGCUGUAGGCGGUAGCAGUUUGCAGGAUGAACUUGGUAAGUUCUCGUCUACGCUCUAUGAGACUGGUGGCUGUGAUAUGUCACUUGUGAAUUUUGAACCAGCAGCAAGAAGAGCAUCCAAUAUCUGUGACACGGACUCUCAUGUAUCCAGUUCUACCUCAGUGCGAUUUUACCCACAUGAUGUGCUCUCUCUCCCACAGAUUCGGUUGAAUAGACUAUUGACCAUCGAUACAGAUUUGUUGGAACAACAGGACAUUGAUCUAAGCCCUGACUUGGCAGCAACUUAUGGUCCAACAGAAGAAGCUGCUCAAAAGGUUAAACAUUAUUACCGCUUUUGGAUCCUGCCCCAGCUAUGGAUUGGCAUCAACUUUGACAGACUCACACUUCUGGCUCUGUUUGAUAGAAAUCGUGAGAUCCUAGAAAAUGUAUUAGCUGUCAUCUUGGCUAUUCUUGUGGCUUUUUUGGGAUCCAUUCUUCUUAUACAAGGCUUCUUCAGAGACAUCUGGGUCUUCCAGUUCUGCCUGGUCAUAGCCAGCUGUCAGUACUCACUACUGAAGAGUGUUCAGCCAGAUUCUUCUUCUCCCAGACAUGGUCAUAAUCGUAUCAUUGCUUACAGUAGACCAGUUUACUUCUGUUUAUGUUGUGGUCUUAUUUGGCUCUUGGAUUAUGGUAGCAGAAAUCUUACUACAACCAAGUUCAAAUUAUAUGGAAUAACUUUCACCAAUCCACUGGUGUUUAUAUCAGCCAGGGAUUUAGUUAUAGUGUUUACACUGUGUUUCCCAGUAGUAUUUUUCAUUGGUCUCCUGCCCCAGGUGAACACAUUUGUAAUGUAUCUUUGUGAACAAUUGGAUAUUCAUAUCUUUGGUGGUAAUGCCACCACAAGUCUGCUUGCAGCACUUUACAGUUUUAUCUGUAGUAUUGUGGCAGUGGCCUUAUUGUAUGGAUUGUGUUAUGGAGCUUUAAAGGAUUCAUGGGAUGGCCAGCAUAUUCCAGUACUUUUCUCCAUUUUUUGUGGUUUGUUAGUGGCAGUAUCCUAUCAUCUCAGCCGACAAAGCAGUGAUCCAUCUGUACUUUUUUCUUUGGUGCAAUCCAGGAUUUUUCCAAAAACAGAAGAGAAAAAUCCAGAAGAUCCUCUAUCUGAAGUAAAAGACCCACUGCCUGAAAAACUUAGAAAUUCUGUUAGUGAGCGUUUACAGUCUGACCUAGUAGUGUGCAUUGUAAUUGGCGUGCUGUAUUUUGCUAUUCAUGUAAGCACAGUGUUCACGGUAUUGCAACCUGCUCUCAAAUAUGUGUUAUAUGCAUUAGUUGGCUUUGUGGGGUUCGUAACCCACUAUGUUCUGCCUCAAGUUAGGAAACAGCAACCAUGGCACUGUUUCUCUCAUCCUUUGCUGAAGACAGCAGAAUAUAAUCAAUAUGAAGUUCGAAAUGCAGCCACUAUGAUGUGGUUUGAAAAACUUCAUGUGUGGCUUCUUUUUGUGGAGAAGAAUAUCAUCUAUCCACUGGUUGUUCUCAAUGAACUUAGUAGCAGUGCAGAGACAAUUGCCAGUCCAAAGAAACUGGAUACAGAAGUAGGUGCUUUAAUGAUCACCAUUGCUGGCUUAAAGUUGCUGCGCUCCUCUUUCAGCAGCCCUACAUACCAGUAUGUCACAGUCAUCUUUACAGUGCUCUUUUUCAAAUUCGACUAUGAAGCUUUUUCAGAGACUAUGCUGUUGGAUCUCUUUUUCAUGUCCAUACUCUUCAACAAGCUUUGGGAACUCCUUUAUAAGUUGCAGUUCGUGUAUACCUAUAUAGCUCCAUGGCAGAUUACAUGGGGUUCUGCUUUCCAUGCAUUUGCUCAGCCCUUUGCAGUGCCCCAUUCAGCCAUGCUGUUUAUUCAGGCUGCUGUGUCAGCUUUCUUCUCUACCCCAUUAAACCCCUUUCUGGGAAGUGCAAUAUUCAUCACUUCGUAUGUCCGACCUGUGAAAUUCUGGGAGAGAGACUAUAACACAAAACGAGUGGAUCAUUCAAAUACCAGAUUGGCUUCUCAACUUGAUAGAAAUCCAGGAUCAGAUGACAACAAUCUGAAUUCUAUCUUUUAUGAACAUUUAACCAGAUCCCUACAACACAGCCUCUGUGGUGAUUUGCUGCUAGGACGAUGGGGAAACUACAGUACUGGGGACUGUUUCAUCCUUGCCUCUGACUAUCUCAAUGCAUUAGUACACCUUAUAGAGAUAGGCAAUGGCCUGGUCACUUUCCAGCUACGGGGACUUGAAUUCAGAGGUACUUACUGUCAACAACGGGAAGUGGAGGCCAUUACCGAAGGUGUAGAAGAAGAUGAAGGAUUUUGCUGUUGCGAACCUGGCCAUAUUCCUCAUGUGCUUUCAUUUAAUGCUGCCUUUAGUCAACGUUGGCUAGCUUGGGAAGUGAUAGUUACUAAGUAUAUUCUGGAAGGUUAUAGCAUCACUGAUAAUAGUGCUGCUUCUAUGCUUCAGGUCUUCGAUCUUCGGAAAGUACUCACCACUUACUAUGUCAAGGGUAUCAUUUAUUAUGUUACAACUUCCUCUAAAUUAGAAGAGUGGCUAGCUAAUGAGACAAUGCAGGAAGGACUUCGUCUUUGUGCAGAUCGAAACUAUGUUGAUGUAGACCCAACAUUUAAUCCAAACAUUGAUGAAGACUAUGACCAUCGGCUGGCAGGCAUAUCCAGGGAGAGUUUCUGUGUGAUUUAUCUCAACUGGAUAGAGUACUGCUCUUCCCGGAGAGCAAAGCCACUGGAUGUGGACAAAGAUUCAUCUCUGGUAACUCUUUGUUAUGGACUCUGUGUUCUGGGACGAAGAGCUUUGGGAACUGCAUCCCACCAUAUGUCCAGUAAUUUAGAGUCAUUCCUCUAUGGAUUGCAUGCCCUAUUUAAAGGAGAUUUCCGUAUUUCUUCAAUGCGAGAUGAAUGGAUCUUUGCUGACAUGGAAUUGCUAAGAAAAGUAGUAGUCCCUGGAAUUCGUAUGUCCAUUAAACUUCAUCAGGAUCAUUUCACUUCUCCAGAUGAGUAUGAUGACCCCACUGUGCUCUAUGAAGCCAUUGUAUCUCAUGAGAAGAACCUUGUGAUAGCCCAUGAAGGGGACCCUGCAUGGCGGAGUGCAGUCCUCGCCAACUCUCCCUCCUUGCUCGCUCUGCGGCAUGUCAUGGAUGAUGGCACCAAUGAAUAUAAAAUCAUCAUGCUCAACAGACGAUACCUGAGUUUCAGGGUGAUAAAAGUGAAUAAGGAGUGUGUUCGAGGUCUUUGGGCUGGGCAGCAGCAGGAACUUGUUUUCCUGCGUAACCGUAACCCAGAGAGAGGUAGCAUCCAGAAUGCAAAGCAAGCUUUACGAAACAUGAUAAACUCGUCUUGUGAUCAGCCUAUUGGCUACCCGAUCUUCGUCUCUCCCCUGACAACUUCUUACUCUGACAGCCAUGAGCAGCUCAAAGAAAUUCUUGGAGGACCUAUCAGCUUGGGAAAUAUCAGAAACUUCAUAGUGUCAACUUGGCACAGGCUAAGGAAAGGUUGUGGAGCUGGAUGUAACAGUGGGGGCAAUAUCGAAGAUUCUGACAUUGGAGGUGGAACUUCCUGUGCUGGUAACAAUGCCACAACUGCCAAUGAUCCCCACAGCAACACAUCCCAGGGAAGCACUGGAAAUCCUGGGCAGGGAUCAGGAGUGAGGCUCCAUCCCCCUGUCACAUCUUACCCUCCAGCGCUCGGCACCAGCCACAGCACUCACUCUGUGCAAUCAAGCCUGGUCAGACAGUCCCCUGCUCGGGCCUCCGUAGCCAGCCAGUCUUCCUAUUGCUACAGCAGCCGGCAUUCAUCCCUCCGGAUGUCCACCACAGGAUUUGUGCCUUGUCGGCGCUCUUCCACCAGCCAGAUAUCACUUCGAAACUUGCCAUCAUCCAUCCAGUCCCGCCUGUCUAUGGUGAACCCCGUGGAGCCCUCCAGCCAGAGUGCAGCCUGUGUGCAGCAUGGCCUUCCCUCUUCCAGCAGCUCCAGCCAAAGCAUCCCAGCUUGCAAACAUCACACUCUCGUGGGCUUUCUUGGGACAGAGGGAGGUCAGAGCAGUGCCACUGAUGCCCAACCAGGGAACACCUUAAGUCCUGCCAGUAAUUCACAUGCCAGAAAGGGGGAAAUGAUUUACAGAGUCCAAAUCGUGGAUCCCAGUCAGAUUCUGGAAGGGAUAAAUUUGUCAAAAAGGAAAGAGCUGCAGUGGCCUGAUGAGGGAAUUCGAUUAAAAGCUGGAAGAAACAGCUGGAAAGAGUGGAGUCCUCAGGAGGGCAUGGAAGGUCAUGUGAUUCACCGAUGGGUGCCUUGCAGCAGAGAUCCAGGUACGAGAUCCCACAUCGACAAGGCAGUGCUUCUGGUCCAGAUUGAUGACAAAUAUGUGACUGUAAUUGAAACUGGGGUACUAGAACUUGGGGCUGAAGUAUGAGCCGGUGUUUUGUAGCUGCAUUUCUUUACUGUCUCAUUUCUGAGACCUUGGAAAAAGAGAGGAGCAAGCAGAAGAUGCCUGCAGGGAUCCCUUCAGUCCUAUGUGGGAGAGCCUGGAGAACACUGAUGUGGCUAAGCACCUCUCCUUCAUCCUCCACCCUGUCUUCAUCCCCAGAUAAAGCUGAAAUAUUUUUUUAAGUUAGCUGCUGAGAAAACAUUUGCAUGAAGGAUAAAUUUCUGUUGAAAUACAUCUUUAAAAUGUUUUUCCUAUGCAUUGCCUAUGCUUUAAAUCAACAAACUCUUCAUUUCUAAACUACAAUCUCAUAUUUUUCUAAUUUGUUUGCCAAAAAUAAUUGCCAUGUUUUGUCAUGGAACAUGAAAUCCAUUGUCAUUGAUUUUUACAAACAGACCCAUGUAGAAGUGUUCGAUUUGAUACAUACCAGUAUAAAAGUUUAAUGUACAGCAAGAAAGAAGAUGAACAGAGGUAGAUUUAUCUUAGUCUUUGAAAGCUAUAAACUUUAAUGGAAAAAACUGCACUAAUUUUUUACAAUGCACUAAAUUCUGAGAUUUCUCAGAAUGUUUAUUUAUAUAUAAAAUAAAAUACCAUUAUUUAAAUUGCCUUUGGGAUUAACCCUUCCCUUUCUGAUAUAGUUAACAGGAACUGUGCUGCUCGGUUUUUUUGUUAGUAGUCUAUACUUCAUGCCAGUACAUUGGAUGUGUUCUUUAAGAUGAAUACGAAAUCUCAAGCUACACAUAACUUCAUCCUUGACAUUUCCCGGAGCCAGUGGUCAGCGGAUCAGUCAUGUGAACACCACUGCCAGCUACUGUGUCCACAUCUCAGAUGAGCUCCCAGUGUGUUGUCCCCAGUGCUUCUCUGCACAGGGCAGGCUCUGCUGGGCUUGGUUCUGGGAAGAAAAUGCUUUUACUUUUUAAAGAAAAAGGGUAACUGUCCAGGAAUUUAAAGACAGGGUUGAUUGCUUUUUAUUUUAAGAGUCUUAGUUCUUGAAGUUACUUAUUAUGAAGUUCAGUUUCUCAAGUAAAAUUUUUUCAAACAAAAUUAUCCAAUGGUGCAGUUCUUAUCAAUAUAUUCCUCAUUAAUAACUUUGCUUUUUAUUUCCAUCUCCCCUUUUUUUUCUAGUACUUGAAUUUUAUUUCCUGUAAUUUAUAGUGUACUUGCAAUUUGAAAUAUUUAUAACUGUGAAAUUGACUUAAUUCAUAUGUUGUCUCAUAAAUUAUAUUGAUUUUUUUAAAAGAUUAUAUUCAGGGAAAUACAUAACUCAGAUUUACAAUUGGGCUAAAUGAGAACUGCAAUUUAGAUUUAAUUUUCAACUUUUAGCAUUUUUAAAUUCUUCAGAAAAAUUCCACUUUGGUUUGAAAUGCCAAAGAAAACUGCCCAUCUCUGAGCAUUUAGGAGCAGCCAUCUCUCUACCCCCUAAGAAUAGAUAGUAAAAAGAAGCGAGUAAAAUUAAUUUUGAUAUAUUUUAUUUAAUCCAGUAUAUCCAAGGUAUUAUCAUUUCAACAUGUGGCACUGUUCAUAUUUCAAAUACUCAGUAGCUGCAUGUGCCUAGUGGCUACUGUAUUGGACCCCAAAAGUUUAUAGUAUAUUUCAAUGAGGUAAGAAGAAAGGUAUUUUUCCCUCUGGUUCUGAUGUACAUCUCACAGUAGCAUAACAUGGCAGUGGAGGGGAUGGGAACUGAGAAAGUAAAUAGCUGAUAUACAGAAUCUUCCUCCAUUUCCACUUCAAACCUUUUUUUUUUUUUUCUAAUUUUAAAAUUUGUGCUCAUUCAGAACCCAAUGUGCCUUUUGUUGACAUUUCCAUAGACUUCACACUUUGCAAAUUUUACUGCCUAGAAAUAUUUGUCAAAUGAUUUACCCAGCCUUUACACAAAGGAACCCUUUUUAAAUUGACCAUUUAAAAAAUGUGUUUUUCUAAUGGUGUCAUUAUAUUCUAAAUUUUCCUCAUUUUGGCAAAUCUACAGUAUAAGUUCAGUGGUUUGUGGGUUUUUUUGACACUGCAAAUGUGAUCUAUUGUAAAUCUUCUCAAACGAAUUAUGUUCCCUGCUACUCACCACCUCUCUGAAAUGAAUAUGAUCUUUUCAUGAUCAUUGCCUGGAUGCAGAGUUAAAUGGAGGCUUUUCAAUCCUAGAUGGGAGAUGAUCGGUUUUCCCACACAGAAAAAGAAAAACAAAAAAAUUAGAACUCGAGAUGAUUCAUUCAGAAAGGCUAGAAUUCUGUUUAUUCCUAGCCACCCUCCCCCAAAUUGUUAGACACAUUAUAUAUACUGAAAAGCUAGAUUCCAAAUACAAGACUGGGUUUUGUAUGAAACAUAUAUAUUGAGUCUUACUUCAGAAUAGCAGUUGGUGAACAUUUUUCUCAAAAGUUGGCUUUUGUUAUUAUAUAACUAAUGAAUUUAUAAGUUAGGAACCCUAAGAGAAGCUCCAUUCUUUUUUUAAGUCUAAAACUGAUAGUCUUAAAAAUUAUAACACUUUUCUAAUUAUAUCAAGGAAAAUAAUGAUAAUUAAAGACUCAUGUCUUAAUAAUUUGAUCCAUAUUAUAAAGCAUGUUUUUCUAUAUAAUAAACUGACAUACAAUUUGGCUCCUCCCCACAGAAAUAAUAAGCUAUUUGUUUAGAUUUUCUCCUUAACCAUUUUCAUUAGUGUACAAGACUUCAUUCAUUUUAGUUCAUAAUUUUCAAAUUUUUCAGAGUUCCAUAAUUUAGAACCAAACAUAUGUAAUUAAAACAUUACCUUUUUAUUUACUUUCUUUAAGUACAGAUGUGUGUUUGAAUCCUUUGUGUUUUCUUUUUUUACUCUCCUUUUGAGAGAGUAACCUGGCAUAAGUUGGAAAUGGUUACCUUUUUUAAAAGUUUUUUCCUCUUACUCAGUGACAAAACCAUUUUAUAAUUCCAAAUUAAGCCUUUGGUAAUCUUUUACCUUUACCUUGGUGUGAACUCUUUGUAUACCAUUUUCAAUACUUGAUAACUUUAAAUGUUGACUUUUUACUAAAAAGCUUUAAUUUUUCCAAGAAUCUAGAUUAACAUAACAUGUUGAUAUUUAUGGAAUUUGAGAGAGUGAUGGUGAGGGUGUCUGUAUAGUUUUUUAAGAUAAGAGAAAAGUAAUUACUGCUGAAGAAAUUAGUGAACACAGUUAAUCAGCAUAUCUGCCUUCAUUGCCAGAAUAUUAAAUUCUGUUAGACUUGAAGUAUUUAAAAAAAUAUUUCAAGUAUAUCUGAAAUACCUUUUAAUCCUUGAAACAGAAAAUAUCAGACAAUAUUUCUAUCCCGAAAGAUAAAUUUAAAAAUAUUCUGGGUACCAGAUGUCAGGCAAUGAAAAAACAAGUUUUUAUAUAGGAAACUAUAGCUUAUUAAAAAAUGAAAUAUUCCUUUUCCCUAUGUCCUAUCAAAAUAUAAAAUACACCUUCACAUCUAAACAAGGAUAACUUAGCCUUAAUAAAUUCUACUUUUUCUCUAAGCAGCAUUCUUCCACUUCUGCUUAGAAAUUUCAUUUGGUGUAUUGUUGUACUGCGUUGUUCAUCCAGAACUGGGUUGUUUAAUCUUAUGAUUUGUCUAAAAUAGUGUUUUUUAAAAUUUGAACCAACUUUUAAGCCUAUUUCAUCCUAAAUAAAUAUGUGACUUGAGAAAAUAAAUAAUAGUAGUUUUAUGUGGGAAUUUAAAAAAUUUAUGUUGACUAACUCCUAAACCGCUCCCCAGAUUGUUAUAUUCGAAUUACUUUUUCAUAAAUAUAAACAAACCCCUUUCUGGUUUUUGUUAUUUGGGCCAGGGGUGCUUUUUGAAUCCUCAGUAUUUAACUCUCAUUCUCUUUCAUAAUGUGAUGCAAUCAUAUAAAGUUACUCUGUCCAAACACAGACACAGUUAAUUUUUUCAUUUAACCUUCCGUUGUUCAAAUAAGAUAUAAAAUACUUUUUUUUAUUCCAGAGGCUUUCCCUUUCACUCUAAGAUCAGCAGAGAGAAAAAUGUCAAGGAUAAGAUGGUACAUGGAACUUGUUAAUGGACUUUGAAUUGUCUGUGUUAGUCUUAUAUGGAUAUAGAUUUUUAUUGAGCAGGGGAAACAAGAAAUUAGAUAUUACCAUAUAUUUAGGCAGCAUAAAUUUUAAUACUAUGUUGGAUAUGUGUAACCUUUUAAAAAAAUAAGCAUUGAAAAGCCAGCUCCUCUUUGCUUCAUUUCUUUUAUAAAUAUGGUAGGUGAUAAACAACCAGGUCUUAUUAUUUUAACCUUGUUAAAUAUUUAGGUAAGAACUGUAAUUGGAAAGGAAUUAAUUAUUAUAAAAUAGAUUUGGUAGGAUAUGCAUAGAGUAUUAAUUUUGCUUGAAACAGAGGUAUAUUUUCUGCUAUGAAUCACCUCACCAGAGUCACCGGUCAAGAAUUAUGUGUUAUGGACUUUCUUUGUGUUAUCUGUAAGCCACAUAUUCUUUCUGAAUUAGUAAAUAACUCAUUUGUGAGCUGAACUUCAUUAUUGGCCCUGUUGUGAGAUCAACAUAAUGCUCCAUGGGGGAACUAGAGCUGAUUGUCACUGCAAGAUUGUAUGGCAACUUUGUUCUAAGACUUAUACCUAUUACAUAGGGUUUACUUUUUUCAUAUGCCUCAGCUCUGUACGCGACAAUUUAUAAUUCAGUGGAGCCAUGCUGGAAGGAACAGAGGUCAUCUGACAUGUAUUGGGAUGAAUUCCUGGGUGUUACUUGUGCAGAUGAGCCGAUGCCCUAGAAUUCAGAACAGAAGAGUAGUAGAGAAGGAGAUGGCUGCUCCAGAUGACUCUUGGGUUUAGUAUACUUAUGGCUGAACAACAUUUUUUUAAAUAUAUGAAACUUGAUUCUACAACCAAAAUAAUAGAAAGGGAGAGGGUUGUAUCUGCUUAUGCUUUUUAAAAGCUUAUAGUUUAAAAGUAAAUUGUAAAAAAUAAUUGUUAACCCUGUAUAAGGCUGGCAAUGAGCUCCACAUGAGGAAAUGGAAGGAGGAAUAUUAAAAAUGGCUCCAGGAGAGUAAAGAAAAAUAGGUCUCCCUUUUCUGAUCAUGGGCUCUGGAAAGUGUUCAUCGCCUUUACCAGCAUUCAGUGUAAACCAGAGAUAAGGAUAUAUGUAUGUAUUUGCGCGUGUCUGUGAGUGUGUGUGUGUGUGUCUGAAUGUUAUUCUAAACCUGUAAAUAUUGUAGUUGUUUAAAAUGGAAAAUAAAAGCUGAUGGGUUUUUUGGCAAAUAUAUUGCAUCAAAAGUACAGUAUUGACAGUGGAUAAAACACAGGAAAUAAAUUGUUUUUUCAUUUUG